AUGGUGGGUUCUCCUGGUUAUUCUCCUGCUGGCUUCCUCCUCCCUCUCCUCCUUCUUGAGGUGUCUACAUGGUACUCAGCAGUGUCUGGGUUUUCUGUGAAGGGACCGGCUGAGCCCAUCAUGGUUCUGCUAGGGGCAAAUGCCACUCUGCCCUGCCAGCUGUCCCCAGAGCAGAGUGCAGCUGACAUGCACAUUCGGUGGUACCGAACCCAAUUCUCUCCAGCUGUGUUUGUGUACCAGAAUGGACAGGAACAAGGUGGGGAGCAAAUGCUGGAGUACCAUGGCAGGACAGAGUUGGUGAGGGACUCCAUCAACAGAGGAGGUGUGGCCCUGCUGAUCCAACAUGUUCGUGCCUCUGAUCAUGGCCAGUACCAGUGUCAUUUUAAGGAUGAUCAGAGCUCCCAAGAGGCUAUUGCGGAGCUGCAUGUCAUAGGGUUGGGCUCUGUGCCUCAUGUUCACAUGAUGGGACCUGAGGAUGGUGGGAUCCGAGUGCUAUGCUCUUCAGAUGGCUGGUUUCCAAAACCCAAGGUACAGUGGAAUGACAUGUUGGGAGUGAAUCUACAGUCCCUCUCUGAAUCUCAGACCCAAGAUGAAGAUGGGCUCUUCCAUGUGGAAGCAUCUCUUGUGGUCAUGGACAGCUCUCUGGGCAAUGUGACCUGUUCCAUCCAGAAUCCCCUCUCCAGACAAGAGAAAGUAUCAUGCAUCUUCCUCCCAGAGCCUUUCUUCCCCAAGAUGGACCCAUGGAAGGCAGCUCUGGCUGGGACAGUCCCUGUGCUGAUGCUCCUCCUCAUUGGAAUCAGCUACACAGGCUGGAGAGAACAUCAAGCCAAAGAAAAGGAAGUAAAGAAAAAGAAGAGAGAAUUUAAUGAAAGAGAUCAGAUGAAAAAUGAAAAGGAAAUGGCACAGAAGGCCACAGAGAAACUCAAGGCAGAGCUUGAACAGAGAAAGGCACUAUACCUUGAAGAUUGGAAGAAGGCCCUGCUGUAUCCUGACUGGAGGAAGAAACACUUCCAGUGUGCCAAUGUGACUGUGAACAUGGAAAUCUUUCAUCAGAGUAAUUCUGACUCAGAGAGAAAUGAGAACUUUAGAGUGGAAACACAGGAUCUGUGUCUUAGUGAUAAGCAAGGAGACUGUAACCUUAUCACACUUAAUCAGGAAGACUUCACUUCAGGAAAACACUACUGGGAAGUAAAUAUUAAAGACAUUGAUGAGUGGACUCUCGGUGUUUAUGAGAAACUCACAGACAAGAGUGAGCUAUCCACAGAUCUACAAAACAAGAAAUUCAGAGUCUUAGAGAAGAAAGGAAGUGAAUACCGGACUCUCACCUGUUGCCCCCCAAACAUUUCCCAGGUUGACUGUCUCCAGAUAGGAAAGUGUCCACAAAAGAUUGUGAUUUUUUUGGAUUAUGAAGACAAUGACAUUUCUUUCUAUGACAUGAUUGAAGGUACCCACAUCUUUUCCUUCACCCAGACAAACUUCUCUGGGUCAGUCUAUCCUUACUUCAACCUUAAAUGCAUGGAGCAUUCCCAUAUCUGCAAUAUUAAGUGA